GGCGCAGCCAUGGCGGGGCAGGGCGGCGGCGAGAGCUCGCAGCGCGCGGCCUGCGGGCGGAAGAUGGCCCUGCAGAGAUGUGAGACGUGUGGCGAAGAGGAGGCCAAGUACCGGUGUCCGCGCUGCAUGAAGUAUUCGUGCAGCCUGUUGUGUGUGAAGAAGCACAAACUUGCCCUGAGCUGUAGUGGAGUCAGGGACAAAACUGCGUUUGUCUCUGUGACUGAAUUUACUGACCUGAACCUUCUGAGCGAUUAUCGGUUCCUGGAAGAUGUGGGAAGAGCAGCUGAUGCAGCUGCUCGAGAUCUGUCUGUGCAUCGGCCGGCAACAAAUAAAUUCAUCAAUUACUUGAGAAACAGAGCUCGAAGGCAUAAUAUCAAUCUGAAGACACUGCCCAUUGGAUUCACAAAAAGAAAAGAAAAUUCAACUAUCUUUAAUAAGAAGGAGCAGAAGUUCUACUGGCAUUUGAAGCUUGUAUUUCCUCACUGUCAUGCUGAAUACAUUUUAAAAAGGGUGCCAGAGGAUAAAACACUCACCGAUAUCCUUAAGCCCUACAUUGAUCCAGUGGAGUCAGAUCCUGUAGUUUGUCAAAGAUUAAAGACAUAUACAAUGUCUCCUCGGUCAGAUGUACAAAUUCUAAUGAAAAUAGAGAACAGGAAGCAAAACUCCACCAGGUACAGUGAACUGGAUGCCAGUAGAAGCCUCCUAGAAAAUUUGAAAAACAAAGUAAUAAUUGAGUACCCAACGUUAUUUGUGGUCUUGAAAAAACUGAAGAAUGACAUGGUGGUUCUUGGCCAAGAGGCCAGUGAAUCUGCAGAGGACUCGGACAGUGGAAGUUCUUCCCUUUCGUCUGAGGAAGAAGGAGAAAUUCGGGAGAGUUCCUGACAGUUCUUUGAGAGAAGAGGGUGGGAUGAGCCUUUUAUAUUUUCUUAUUUAAUUAAAUCUUUUUUGCACAACUAAUUUCUCUGAGGUUCAGUUUGGUUUGCUUCACUUAAGGCAGCACUUCCAAACUGCCUCCCUGACUUUGGAUUUAGUAUGCAUAUUUAGGUCUGUAAAUAAAGAGAUUGGAAGUGGCUGGUUCCAGAAAAAUCUGCUGAUUUUACUGCAUAGCACCCCUUUGUCCAUGUAUCUAUUAAAUCAAUAGCCCAAAUGUAAAGUUUCCAA